UUGCAGCAGCAGUGACAUUAACAAGCAGCCGGCUGUUCAAAGAAAAUUCAAUUUUUUUCAAUCAAAAAAGAAAAAAAAAAAAAGAAAAAGAAAAAAACCAACAAAAAAGAGGAGGGAUUUUGUGUGUUUUUCUUUUUUUUUGUAUUUUUUUUUGUACAAAACAUGGAAGGCAAACCAUUGAAACGCAUGCGCUCCGAUGACGAUGAGAGUAACAAUAAUACGACCCAGAGCAAGGUUUGGGUUAACGAGAAAAUCAACGAUUCGCGCGAUCCAGAGAAAAUGAAAGCGGUGCACGACAAAACGACCAAGAUGCUGUUCAAGGCCGCCGCCAAUUUGGAUGCCAACAACAAGGAGACCGCCAGCACCAAGGACGAGGCCUGCAGUCAGCAGCAACAGCAACAACAGCAGCAACAACAACAGCCGCAACAACAACAACAGCAGCAGCAACAGCAGCAGCAGCAGCAGCAGCUGGCGCCAGUUGCCGCCAGUUCGCACAAUCUGUGCGAACAAUAUCAGCUGAUUGGCGACGGUAACAUCAUAUUGCGCGACAUGAAUCCGGAUGUCGCCAAUCCGGGCCUGGAGCGCCGGCUAUCCAAUUGUUGCCAGCGGCCGACUCUUAUACGCGGCACUUGUGUUAAUUGUACGUUCGAUUUGUGCGAGGAAUGCGGCUAUUCGUGCGUCGAGUGCAGCCAAUUUAUUUGCCGCACCUGUGUGACCCUGUUCGGCAAUCGUCCGGAGGAAGCUGAACAUCCGUUGUGCGAGGUCUGCCAAAUGUUUGUCGCCUAAAAGGGCUCAUCACACACACACACCCACCCAUACACUCGUCCACACACACUCAAGCAAGGCUUGCACUCGCGCACACACACAGACAGGCGCACAUGAACGAACGAACGAACGAACGCUACCUGAUACAUGAAUUAUCAAAUAUUGAGCCAGAGAUAUAUGAAAUGGAAGUACAAGUACAAAACAUGGUAACCAGGAGACAAAACAAAAAAGGGACUCAUUAUCAUCAAAUAAUUUAUAUAUAUAUUUAUAUGAACAACAUCUUUUGCCAAUAUGUCGCAACCAUCAUAAAAGCUGUGCAGCUGCCUUGAAGCCAAAUUAACUUCCCAGGCACAGUUCGAGCUAAGAACACUUUUCACGCACACAAACACAACACGCAACAUGAAACACAGCAAAAAAUUUCAAUUCAAAUUCAAAUCAAAUCCUCAUUCAAAUCAUCAAAUCAAAACAAAAUCAAUAUCAAAUCGAAUCAAACGAUAAAGUAACACAUCGAAACUUGUGAAUUCAUCUAA